AACAACCGGAGGCGCGCUCCCAGUCCCACUCCCCGCUGUGCCGAUCCUGCUGCACUGCACGGCAGGAUCCUUCCUCCAUAAGGCGAAGCCGAAGGGGGAGGCGCCUCACACUCCCUUCCCUCCUCUGUCCUCGCUUCGUCCUCACCACCUCCUCGGUCGCGUCGCUCUCACGCUAUCUUCCUGACUGGCUGCCUAAAACCCCAACCUUCCAAAUCCAGAAAAAAAAGCCCCAACCUCGACCACAACGUCGUAGGGUUUCCCUCGCCCCCGGCGGCGGCGCUCGGCGAUCGCCGGCGCGCAGCUACCCGGUGGUUCAGCGAUGGAAGAGCCGGAAACGAACCUCGAUCAGCAGUCACCAAAUGGACCAGAUACUGAGAUCGAUGUCACGGAUUUCAUGGUUUUGGAUUGCGACGAGGAAGGCAGGUUUUAUGUAAAACAGGAUGCAAAAGGGGAGCAGCAACCAUCUGGAGGGCUGUCUCCUAUGGAUGUGGAUUUGAAAGGAAUACCUUCUAUGGUAGAUGAAGGGAAACUGAAGUCUUCUUCAGACCCAAGUGCGCAAGUACCAAUUGACUUCAAUAUUGAAAGCCUGGAGAAGUUUUGUAAAGAAGCGGCACGAUCAUUCUUCACUGAAAAAGGACUCAUCAGCCAUCAGAUAAACUCAUACAAUGAUUUUAUCUCCCAUGGGCUACAAGAGCUCGUUGAUUCUCUAGGGGAAAUAACUGUUGAUCCUGAUUAUGAUCCUUCAAAGAGUGUAGGUGACUGGAGACAUGCAACCGUUAAGUUUGGCAGAGUGGAGCUUGAGAAGCCGACGUUUUGGGCUGACAACAGUGAGCUCGAUGAGCAGAAACUCAGACUGAAGCCUGUACAUGCUCGCCUUCAGAACAUGACAUAUUCUUCUAAGAUGAAUGUAGAAAUGACUGUUCAGGUUUAUUCACUCAAUCAAAGCGACAAAUCAAAAACUGGGAAGGAUCCAUAUAUCCAGAAGAAACUUAUAUUGUCUCCGGAAACUAAAUGGGUCACCAUCGGCAGGUUACCUGUCAUGGUGAAGUCAAGUUUGUGCUGGCUGUAUGAACUUCAGGAAACUGAAUGCCAGUUUGAUUAUGGUGGAUACUUUCUGAUCAAGGGAACGGAAAAGGCAUUUAUUGCUGAAGAAGGGAGAUGCUUAUCCAGGAUUUGGGUCACUAACUCCCCGAGUUGGGAUGCUUCUUACUUGUCUCAAAUAAGACGAGAAAAGAUAUAUGUUAAACUUGUUCCGUCUAAAGAGAAUGAUGGUUUCCAUAAAGUCAUUAAUCUCUCCUUCUUGGGUGCGACUAUGCCAAUAUGGAUAAUGUUUUUUGCACUAGGUGUAUCAACAGAUAAGGAAGCUUUUGAUAUGAUUGACAUACAAGAUUGUGAUGCUUCUUUGGUCAACAUAUUAUCAGCAACUAUAAGACAAUCUCAUGAACAAUGUGAAGGCUUCCGCGGAGGAGGUAGAGCUCGUCAAUAUGUUGAUGAGUAUAUAAGGAAAACGAAGUUCCCGCCAGAAGAAUCCUUCGAUGGGUAUGUUGGUAGGUAUCUGUUUCCUGAAGUCAGUGACAAUAGGUGCAAAGCACUUUUCUUGGGUUACAUGAUAAAAUGCCUGCUAAUGGCCUACUGUGGCCGUCGGAAAUGUGAUAAUAAGGAUGAUUUCCGUAACAAGAGGCUAGAUCUAGCAUGUCAGCUGCUCCGUAGAGAACUUUGGGGUCAUCUUAGGCAUGCAGCGAGACGUAUGGUCAAGGUAAUGCAGAAGCAUUUGAGUGGUGAUGGUGACUUACAAGUUCUCGAUCAUUAUGUUGAUGCCUCAAUUAUUACCAAUGGUCUGAACCGUGCCUUCUCCACCGGUUCCUGGUGCCACCCAUAUAAAUAUGGAAGGUGCUCAGGGAUUGUUGCAACCCUUAGAAGAACAAAUCCGCUUCAAAUGAUGUCGGACAUGAGAAAGACAAGACAAUUGUCUGCAUACUGGGGAAGUGCUGGAGAUGCUAGAUAUCCGAAUCCCUCCUACUGGGGUAAAUUAUGUUUCAUGUCCACUCCUGAUGGUGAAAAAUGUGGAUUUGUGAAGAACCUAGCUGCCAGUGCUGUGGUUAGCUCUGUGAUGAGGAAGCCUUUAAUUGACUUAUUUGUCUCUUGUGGAAUGAAGAAACUAGAUGAAGUUCUUGUACAAGAUAUUGGCGGUACAGAAAAGAUCUUCUUGAAUGGAGAUUUGGUUGGUGUGAGUGCAUACCCAGGCAAAUUUGUUACGAAUCUAAGAAAUAUGAGACGCAGCAAGCAAAUUGAUCCACAGGUGGAAAUCAAAAGGGACAAGCUACAUAAAGAAGUUCAUGUCUUUUCUGAUGCGGGGAGAAUUCUAAGACCACUUCUUAUAGUUGAAAAUCUUAAAAGCAUCGCUAAACCGAAUGGUGGAUCAUACUCGUUUCAGCAACUUAUGGACCAAAAUAUAAUUGAACUGAUUGGUGCUGAAGAGGAGGAGGAUAUCCAAUGUGCUUGUGGAAUUAAGGAUCUCUUUUCAGGGGACCAAAAAGAGGGUCUUUUGUACUAUAGCCAUUGUGAGCUCGACCCUUCUUUCUUGCUAGGGUUGAGCUGUGGUAUCAUUCCCUUUGUCAACCACAAUGCUGCUAAGAGAGUUUUGAUGCAAGCUGAAAAAAUAUCACAACAGGCUAUUGGCUACUCGCCUACAAAUUCUCAGUAUAGAGUCGAUACCCUUUUUCAUCAAAUGUACUAUCCACAGAGACCCCUGUUCAAAACUGUAUUAUCUGACUGUCUUGGUAAGAGAGGCCUUACUAGACCAGAGUAUUUCAAUGGCCAAAAUGCAAUAGUUUCAGUCAACGUUCAUCAGGGAUUUAACCAAGAAGACUCCCUGGUAUUUAAUAGGGCUUCGUUAGAGCGUGGCAUGUUCCGGACACUUCAUUUCAAGAGCUACAAAGCACAGAUAGAAAACAAAGAGGUGACCAGAAGACUCAAACACAGGGAAAAAAUUGACUUUGGAAAAACCCAAAGCAAGAAAGGACGUGUUGACAGUCUGGAUAUCGAUGGAUUACCAUAUGUUGGAGCCAGUCUUCAAACUGGCGACAUUGUCAUUGGGAAGGUCUCAGAGUCUGGUGAAGAUCAUAGUAGGAAGCUUAUGCAUACUGAAAGAGGGAUGGUGGACAAGGUUGUUCUUUCAGCUAAUGAUGAUGGGAAGAACUCUGCAGUUGUUACUCUAAGACAGGUUCGCCAACCUUGUGUUGGAGACAAGUUUGCCAGCAUGCAUGGCCAGAAAGGAGUUGUUGGUCUUUUGGAUUCUCAAGAGAACUUCCCAUUUACUUGCCAAGGAAUAGUUCCAGAUAUCGUGAUAAAUCCACAUGGCUUUCCAACUCGCCAAACUCCUGGUCAGCUGCUUGAGGCUGCAUUGGGCAAGGGAAUAGCACUUGGUGGGAUGUCCAGAUUUGCAACGCCAUUUACCACUCCGUCUGUGGAUGUGAUCACGGAGCAAUUGCACAAGGCUGGUUUUUCAAGGUGGGGAGGCGAGAGCGUUCUGAAUGGCCACAACGGUGAAAGGAUGAGGUCUUUGGUGUUCAUGGGGCCAACCUACUAUCAGAGGCUCACUCACAUGGCCGAGGACAAGGUGAAGUUGCGCAACACCGGGCCGGUGCACCCGCUCACGAGGCAGCCAGUGGUGGACAGGAAGAGGUUCGGCGGUGUCAAGUUUGGGGAGAUGGAGCGUGACUGCCUCCUCGCUCAUGGCGCCACCGCCAACCUCCAAGAGCGGCUCUUCACGCUCAGCGACGUGUCGCAGCUGCACAUCUGCCAGGUGUGUGAGCGGGUGGCGAACGUGGUCUUGAGGCCCGUCGAAGGGGGGAGGAAGGUCCGCGGCCCCUACUGCGGCUUCUGCAAGUCCGCGGAGAACAUACUCCGGAUCAAGGUGCCCUACGGUGCAAAGCUGCUCUACCAGGAGCUCUUCAGCAUGGGGAUCUGCCUCAAGUUCGAGACGGAGGCCAGUUAGAACCUGAUCGCUCUCUUGAAAAUGAUGAACCUGCCCUAUGCUGUGAAACCUAACACCGAUUGGGCCUUCAACUUUCACAAGACUGUUUUUAUUUAAGGCUGAACCUGCACUGUGCUGUCUAAUUUGAUGAAAUUUCGAACCAUUCUAUGGAUUGUUAUAUGGUUGGUAUGCUUC